ACUUAAAAAAUGUACUUUCCGGACCGACUCUGAGAAUACUCUCUCUCUCUCUCUCUCUCUCUCUCUCUCUCUGCUUCUCUUCCACAGGCUGAAAUUUUCUCCGGCGGAGACUCGGCGAGUGAGAAACCAUGUCGGUUCCCAGGAAGUUGCUGAGCUCAGCUCGUUCGUGCCGCUCGAUGCUCCUCUCCAGAGCCCUAGCGUCACCAUCUCGGGCUCGAUCACGCGAUCUCCCUCCCCCACCAGUAAUGACACAUGCAGGGGCACUACAGCAACUUGUUAAUCUUAAUACGGAUAAGAUCCAGGAGCCUAACUCACCUCGCAAUGUUCAUGGAACACAAUUUCUAUUGCCAGCUGUCUUAGCCGGUCUCUUUGGAGCUGGAGCUGUGGAAGUAGCAUAUGCAGAUGCUGAUAAGCCUGUCGAGAGUCCUCCAUUGCUGUCAGAGACACCUUCAGGCGGUGCAAAGCUGGAGGAAAUCGCCAGGACAGAGCGACGGCGCGUUGAAGAGUCUCUCAAAAGCAAAGGAAUGCAUUAUGGUUCCUACCCCAGGUUUUCCGUUGGUGUUAAAGGUCAAAAGGUAACUUUGAAGUUUCAGGUCCCUCCUGCUUGUGAAGUAUCCCAACUAAUUGCAAACCUUGUUUCCAACCUUGGAGUGAAGGCUGAGGAACACAGUGGUGGUUCAGAUAUGCUAUUGCGUGGUUGGGACAGUGCAGUUGCUUGGCAGCUGAUGAUCAAUCCUCCAGAAAGGCAAAGAGAAGCAGAGCAAGAGGAUCGUGCUGAAAAUAUAAAGAAACAGGAGGGUGACUUAUGCAUUCUUAUAUUUCGCUCUCUUAUCAGUUCAGAUAAAGCGGAAAUUGAGUUCAUGAAGCCGGGAAGCUUGACUUCAAAAGAGCUGGAAGCUUUCGUUUCUGUCUUGCAAUUGGCAGGUAAAAAGUUGGGGAGGGAUAAGUUUUUGGAGAGUAGACCAAGGGAAGGUACUGAAAGGAAAACAACCCCAGAAAAGGCGAUUACAAGUCUUGAGUCAAUGGGAGUGAGAAUUUAUGGGAUUGAUGAAUUUCCUGUUGAUGUGGAAAACAAGAAGUUAUCAUGGGACAACAUUGCUGGGUAUGAAAAGCAAAAACGGGAGAUAGAGGACACUAUAUUACUGGCUUUACAUAGUCCAGAGGUGUAUGAUGAUAUUGCUCGUGGAACGAGGUGCAAGUUCGAGUCAAACAGGCCACGAGCAGUGCUCUUUGAGGGUCCGCCAGGUACAGGAAAGACAUCAUGUGCUCGUGUUAUCGCCAAUCAAGCAGGUGUUCCAUUACUGUAUGUACCGUUGGAGAUUGUGUUGUCAAAGUACUAUGGUGAAAGCGAACGCUUGUUGGGACAAGUGUUUUCACUUGCCAAUGAGUUACUAAAUGGUGCUAUCAUUUUCCUAGAUGAGGUCGACUCUUUUGCUGCAGCUCGUGAUAGUGAAAUGCAUGAAGCUACAAGAAGGAUCUUAUCAGUGUUAUUGCGACAGAUUGAUGGAUUUGAACAGGAUAAGAAGGUGGUCGUGAUCGCCGCAACAAAUAGGAAGCAAGACCUGGAUCCUGCAUUAAUCAGUCGAUUUGAUUCAAUGAUCACCUUUGACCUUCCCGAUCGAUGGAACCGCCAGGAAAUAGCAGCUCAGUAUGCAAAGCACUUGACAGAACCUGAGUUGGUUGAAUUCGCUAAAGUCACUGAAGGGAUGUCUGGAAGGGACAUAAGAGAUGUGUGUCAACAAGCAGAGAGAUUAUGGGCUUCAAAGAUAAUUCGUGGCCAGGCGAACAAGGACGAGCAAGGGAUUCUCCCACCUAUGCAAGAGUACGUCUGGAGCGCCGCGAGCCGGCGGAAUGCAUUGCUAAGCGUCGCGGAAGAGAUGGCCGGAGAUUCCAACACUCGCAAGAAGAAAUUCCAGUUGGAUUUGAGUUAAUCCAACCGGAAUGCGUCCCUUCUACUCUUUUGUCCAGCUUAUCUAAUUCCGACUCCUUUCUACUGUAAAUUGCAUCACAUCUAGUUAUUCAUGGCCACAAUGAAAUUCAUAGUCAUUCUGGUCCGGGGCGGCAAAUGCACACUUUGGAAUCUUAUAAGAUCGACCAAGGUGAAUAUUUUCGGGACAUUGACAUGUACAUGUACAUGAACUAAGCUUCAAGUUACAUCCUUUU